CAAUAAAUUCACGAAAUGACGUCACUAUCAGUCUUGUUUACCACUAAACAUCAUGGCGAACAUUAGAGUGCCAGAGUCGCUGAAAGCAGUUCAACCUUAUAUUAGAGCGUCUAUGGAACACCGUCAGAGAGAUAUUGUCGUUUCCUAUUGGUGUUAUUUUUAUGCUUGUCAGUCAGCAUUGAAAAUUGAUAAAAGUUCAGAAGAGAGUGUUGCAUUCUUAACAGCAGCUUUGGAUUGGUUGGAAAAGAUAAAAAAAGAGAAGUCUGAUAAUGAAGCUAUACAUAAUGAAGUUGUUGCCCAAGCACACAUGGAAAAUUAUGCUCUAAAGCUUUUUUUAUGGGCAGAUAAUGAAGAUAGAUCUUCAAGAUUUAAUAAAAAUGUUGUGAAAGCAUUCUAUACUGCUGGGCUUUUGUUUGACGUUCUUGCAGUAUUUGGUGAAUUGACUGAUGAGGUUACACACAAUAGGAAAUAUGCCAAAUGGAAAGCUACAUAUAUUCACAACUGUUUGAAAAAUGGAGAAACUCCUAUACCUGGUCCUGCUAAUCAAGACUCUGAUGAAUUCUCAGAAGGUACACAAGAACAAUCCUGGAACAAUCCAUCCGCAAGUGAAUGGAAUCAGCCAACUAAUUAUGUCUCUCCUCCUGCUUUACCUACUCCUAAUUCCGGUGUUCCUAAUUCUCUACUCACUCCAGCACCAGGAGUACAUGCACCUCCGUCUACACCUAGUGGUUCAACUCUGCCAUCUCCAUCAGGAGGAAGUAGUUAUACACAAGCUAAAACUCCUAAUGGCAUAGUGCUUUGUCCUGAAGAUUUUCACAAAGCUCAGAAGUACUGCAAAUGGGCUGGCAGUGCCUUACAGUAUGAAGAUGUAUCAACAGCAAUAGAUAAUUUACAAAAGGCCUUAUUACUCCUGACCACGGGAAAAGACGAAUAAUUUGAACAUCCAAAUCAAGUCAAUUCGAAAAUAAUCAUCUGUCACAGCCGCUUUUGUAAAUAGUAUUCAGCGCUUUCAAUUUAUGUCAACGUAAAAUUAUCUCGGUUUCGAAUGUUUAAAUGUUGUUUAAAAAUACUGUGAUAAAGAGAUUUUGCCCCGUCAAAUUUUAUUUUCAGCCGCUCUGUUUAGAAGAGAGAGUGCAGUCAUGUUUUUAAUCUCUUGAGAUUGUUUAAUGCAAAUAAAAUUUAUCUGAAAAGCA